AUGGCUUCUCCCGCCCAACCCGCCGUGGCCGCAUUCGCCCGGAUGGCCAAGGGCCAGGUGCGCCACUACUCAGCGCCCCUGGACAUGGCCGUCCCAGCCGCGAAGCAAAAGUUCAUUCCCUCGUCCGGCUCCUAUCCCAAGGGCUUCCUCGUCUCCGGCACCCACGUCGGCGUCAAGGCCUCCAACACCAAGUACCCCGAUCUGGCGCUGAUCUCGUCCGAGACGCCCUGCUCGGCGGCGGCCGUCUUCACGACCAAUAAGUUCCAGGCGGCGCCCGUCCAGGUCAGCAAGGACAUCCUCGCGACCCGCAAGGGCGAGGGCGUCCACUCCGUCGUCAUCAACUCCGGCUGCGCCAAUGCCGUCACCGGCAAGGGCGGCGUGGAGGACGCGGUGAACAUGGGCAAGACGGUCGACGAGUGCAGCGGGCUCAACGAGCCCAGCACGCUGGUCAUGAGCACCGGCGUGAUCGGACAACGACUCCCGAUCUCGAAAAUCCUCUCCAAGAUCCCCACAGCGCACAAAACCCUCUCCUCCACGCACGACGCCUGGCUCACGACCGCGCGCGCCAUCUGCACAACCGACACCUUCCCGAAGCUGCUCUCCCAAACCUUCACGCUCCCCUCCAACCCAGGCCGCACCUACAGCCUAGCAGGAAUGACCAAAGGCGCCGGGAUGAUCCACCCGAACAUGGCGACCCUCCUCGGCGUGCUCUGCACCGACGCCCCCAUCGACUCGACCGCGCUCUCCCCGCUCCUCAAACACGCCGUCUCGCGCUCCUUCAACUCGAUCUCCAUCGACGGCGACACCAGCACAAACGACACCGUCGCCUUCCUCGCCAACGGCGCCGCCGGCGGCACCCCCAUCACCUCGACCCCCAGCGCAGACUACACCGCCAUGCAAUCCAUCCUCACAACCUUCGCGCAGUCGCUCUCGCAGCUCGUCGUGCGGGACGGCGAAGGCGCCACGAAGUUUGUCACAGUGCGCGUGCAGAACUCGCCCGACUAUGAAUCCGCGCGCCUCAUCGCGUCCACCAUCGCGCGGUCCCCGCUCGUCAAGACAGCCCUCUACGGCCGCGACGCGAACUGGGGCCGCAUCCUCUGCGCAAUCGGCUACACGCAGGGCGUCGCGGCUGGCACUGUCAUUCCGGAGCGCACGAGCGUCAGCUUCAAGCCUGUGGAUGGCAGUCCCGUGCUGAAGUUGCUUGUGAACGGCGAGCCGGAGCAGGUGGAUGAGGAGCGGGCGAGUGUUAUCCUCCAGGAGGAGGAUCUUGAGAUUCUGGUUGAUCUUGGUGGUGGGGAGAAGGGGGAGAAGGGCCUUGGUGGUGAGGAGGCUGUUUAUUGGUUCUGUGAUUUCAGUCAUGAGUAUGUGACUAUCAAUGGGGAUUAUCGGACUUGA